CUUCGAGCUGCAUCCCAUAAUUCAGUGUUCUCGAUAAAAAUAUGGCGGACCCCUCGGUUGAUGUAGUUGAAGGCUGUCGUCUACCUGUUCUGCGAAAAAACCAAGAAAAUGAAGACGAAUGGCCUUUGGCAGAAAUUCUCAGUGUCAAAGAGAUUCCUGGUAGAAAGCUCUAUUAUGUCCACUAUAUUGACUUCAAUAAGAGGCUGGACGAAUGGGUUACACCGGAUCGGCUGGACUUGAAGAAGCUCCAGUUUCCAAAAAAAGAGGCAAAGACUCCCACAAAGAACGGCCUUCCUGGGUCUCGCCCCAGCUCCCCAGAGAGAGAUGUGAGGAAGAGUCUAGAUCUCAACGGUCAGUCUGCAUCAGCUCCUUCAAGAGGCAAAUCCCUCCCCACACCGAAGAGGAAAGCUGAAUCGGUCUCUUUGGCAACACAAGUUACUGCAGCAACUCCAGUGCCUUCACUUCCUGGUCCUGCCGAGGCUAGUCAAGCCUCUGUGUACCCAGCAAUGAGAGACCCCUCUUACAGCAUUAAAAGAGAAGAGCAUGAACCGCUCAUCUCACUCACCACGAAUGGCACAGCACGUCGUCUUAUUCCUUCUCAGCCAGGGAGAAAAAGGAAAAAUUGUGGAGGGACAGAUGAGAUGGUAAAGGUGUUCCAGAAUAACAGCCCCCACUGCUCAACCAUCUAUUUGCUGCCAGGAGAGGACUCCCAGGAUAGUUCUGAUGGAAUCCCCUCUGCCCCACGUAUGACUGGUAGCUUGGUGUCAGACCGCAGUCACGACGACAUCGUGACACGGAUGAAGAACAUAAAUUGUAUCGAGCUGGGUCGGCACAGGCUGAAGCCCUGGUACUUUUCUCCAUACCCACAGGAACUCACCUCACUCCCCAUUCUCUACCUAUGUGAAUUCUGUCUCAAAUACCUCAAGAGCCUCAAAUGUCUCCAGAGGCACUUGACAAAAUGCAACCUUCGGCACCCCCCUGGAAAUGAGAUCUACCGCAAAGGAACUAUCUCCUUUUUCGAAAUAGAUGGCAGAAAAAACAAGGCAUAUUCUCAAAAUUUGUGUUUAUUGGCCAAAUGCUUCUUGGACCAUAAGACCCUUUACUAUGACACAGAUCCUUUCCUUUUCUAUGUUAUGACUGAGUACGACUCAAAGGGAUUCCACAUCGUUGGCUACUUCUCCAAGGAGAAGGAAUCAACAGAAGACUAUAAUGUGGCCUGUAUUCUGACUUUACCACCUUACCAGAGAAGAGGCUAUGGCAAGCUACUAAUUGAAUUCAGUUAUGAGCUCUCAAAGGUGGAAGGAAAGACAGGUACUCCGGAAAAGCCUCUGUCUGAUCUGGGCCUGCUUUCCUACCGAUCAUACUGGUCGCAAACCAUUCUGGAGAUCCUCAUGAGCCUCAAAUCAGAGAAUGGAGAAAGACCCCAGAUCACCAUCAAUGAAAUUAGUGAGAUCACAAGUGUCAAGAAAGAAGAUGUGAUAUCUACUCUCCAAUACCUCAACCUCAUCAAUUAUUAUAAGGGUCAGUAUAUCCUCACACUGUCUGAGGACAUAGUGGAAGGUCAUGAGCGGGCCAUGCAGAAACGACUUCUCCGCAUUGAUCCCAAAUGUUUGCAUUUCACUCCUAAAGACUGGAGCAAGAGAGGCAAGUGGUAAAGUACAGACUAAGGAGGACUGCUGGCACCUAACUACCAUGCCAAGACAUGUUCGAAAGUAAAUUCAACACACAAAUUGUAAAUAAUAUUGUGUAAGUACUUGUUAUUUUUAUAUAUAGAUAUAUAAGUACAUGUUUAAAGAUCCUGAUGAUUGAGUCAAGAUGCAAUUGAAUGUGUCAUUUAUGUGCAAUUAAAAGUGUUUUUGGAGCCAGUG